ACAGCUAUUGAAUCCUCAAAAGCCUUCUCUUCAUUACACCUUUGAUGUAAAACAACUCAGAACAGGUAGGAACAUCAUGCACAUCCUAAGUAUUUUGAUGAUGUUUCCUCAUGUUUCUAGCAUGUCUAUGUUUCUCAUAACUACCCUUGCUAUUAUCAUCAUCUCGACCGUAAUGGCAAGACCCUCUUUCUCUACUUCCAAAUCUUCAUCAUCUCAAGAUUUAGAUUCUUCCUAUAAGGUGAAAUCCAAGAGCUUUCUACCAAAGUUGUAUGGAGAUUACGGGUUUUGGAACCCUAGCCCGGUUUACGGAGGCGGUUUUCCUUAUCCUGGCCCAGUUCCUCAUGGCAGUGUAGGUUCGAAACAGAGACAUAAGAAGCCAAAAUGAGGCCAGAAGCUAUGUUGCAUAUGUUCUUCAACAAAGUUACUUGUGGGUAAAAGCGUUAGGUAUAUUGGGGUUCUAUGAAAAAGAUAAUGCUAAGGCAUGCAUACUUACGGCAUAUGAAUAAUGUAUGCAUGCGCUUGCUUGUGUUUUGUCAUAGGUAUAUACAGACUAAUAGUCAUAUACACAUUUUGUUCCAUUCUCUAGGUAAACCAUGUAUGUGUAAAUGUAAUCUUAAGAAGUGUCAUUACUCAAAAUGAUGAGUAAUAGUUGUUCUCAAGAAACUUUCCUAUAAAAACUAUGGAGAGCAAUAAUAAACUAACACAACAGGAAAUGUUCUAAGACCAAAUUGUAACGCCCCAGUUCGUCUGUAGGUUCCACCAUCGAGCCGACAGUUGGUAUGUUAAUUUUUAGAGGUUUAGAAGAUUUAUUUACUUUAGUGACAAAAAAAAAAGAAG